UAACCAAUCAUAAUUUUAGGAUUUUAUUAGAAAAAUUUAGAAAUAUAAAAGAAUAAUUGAAAAUACAAAUACAUUUUCGCAUUUCCUUUCCACGCUUCUGUUUCUGUGACUGGGAAUCCAUCGAAUCUUCUGCUUCUACUUCCUUUUCCGCUAACCUUUUGGAAUAUUGUGUUCAGAAAAGGGUGAAUUUGUGUUUCUCUAUAUCCCUUUUUAGGGUAAGAGGCUGAAGCAUCAAUUUUUGGCGUCAUAAAAAUGGUGCAGGGUGUGUCAUUGAGCACUCUAGCAACAUGUGGAAAGAGCAGAAUCUAUGGUUCUUCACCUUUUGAGCCAUUUAAAAGAUCGCAUGUUGCGUCUGCAGCUGGAAAACACUUGAUUUGGAACAAGUGUGUGCAGAGCUUAGUCUUCAUUGGGUACCCUUUUGUGUCGAGACGAAGAAGUGGUUUUAAGGUUGAAGCGGGUUGGAUGUUUAGAGGAGGAGGAGAACAAGGGUUGGAUGCAAGUGUAGAGCAGAGUGAAAGUGCUAAUGAGGAUAUCUUGAUGUUCUUCUUUCAGCUGGAUUUAGCUACUAGAGUGCAGUGUGCUUUAAACAUGGAAGAGUAUGACAUUGCACAGCAGCUGCGAAACAAACUUACUGAGGUUAGAUUAGUUGAAGAAGAGGUAAUUAAGCAACAACAGUCAAAAAGGGGAUUGUCUUCAAAAAGUGAUGCACAAGAUAAAGGUCUAAGUAUUAUACGUCUUCGUUCAGACCUUCAGAGUGCUAUUGAGAAUGAGGAUUAUGCCUUGGCUGCUAAAUUACGUGAUGAAAUUUCCAAACUCGAAGCAGAGUCUCUGGCUGUGUCAGCUAAAGCCUUAGCACAUGAAAAUGCACAAUAUGUGUUUCGAUUGGGGCAGAAAGUAAAGCAUAAAAUAUUUGGCUAUAGAGCUAUAAUUGUAGGAAUGGAUCCAGUAUGCAGUGAAUCAAAUUCAUGGAUGGAAAAUGCACAAGUUAAAAAGUUGUCUCGUGGUUCCACUCAACCAUUUUAUCAGGUACUUGUUGACGUACGUGCUGAACCAGAUCUACUGGUGGCGUAUGGUAAAACUGGAAUUAUCGUCAUUCACAAACAUCUUGUUACUCUCACCUACAAUUUCUUUUCAUUGCAGAGGAGAAUCUUUUAAUACCUGACAAACCAGACAAAGGAAGAUUUGAUCACCCCUACAUGUCUUUUCUGUUCUAUGGAAUGGAUUCAGCUGGAGAUUUCAUCCCUAUAAAGCAACUGCGGGAGAAGUACAACAAACCACGCCACGAAAUACCCUUUGAUGAAGAUGGACAGAAAGCUUAAAUUACUAAUAUGAGGAGGACUAUAUGCAAUGCUCAUGCCUGCUUCUGGUGAUUUGAGAUUGAAAAUUUUGUUACGAUAUAUUGAAAGAAUUAGUCGAACCGCAAUGGAGAAAAGUAGACAACUUAUUGACCAGAAAGCAUUUCCUUGAGUUGUUCAUACAAUGAUGGCUAGUGGCUACCUCUGUCUAAGGUUAUUUCAUUCUGUAUGAUUUAUCAGUAAUGAAAGGUACUAACUACUUAAAGCCUGCCUUCCGUCACAUGUCUGUACAUAAUGGUAAUUAUAAAAUGACAGAGGUUGUGUUUAUAAUUCACAAAUGUUCCAACA